AUGGAGGAGGAGGAAUUACCACCGAUGGAAGGAACAUCGGAAGAUGAACCACGAUUUAAAAGGGAGAGGGCUGACGUAAUGCUGAACUCGAGAGCGGUUAAAGAUGAAGAGGCGAAGAUGAAGAAGGAGGUUUCCCUGCCACCUCCGAUCCGGUGGAGGAAAGGAGAAUUGAUCGGGUGCGGAGCAUUUGGGAGAGUUCACAUGGGGAUGAACCUCGAUUCAGGCGAGUUGCUUGCAGUCAAAGAGGUCUCUAUUGCGGCGAAUAAUUCUUCGAAGAAAACACAAGAAUACAUUGGGGAGCUUGAAAAGGAAGUGAACCUCCUGAAAAAUCUGUCACACCCAAAUAUUGUGAGAUACCUGGGAACUGCCAGGGAGGAGGAUUCACUCAAUAUAUUACUGGAAUUUGUGCCAGGUGGAUCAAUUUCAUCGCUUUUGGGAAAGUUUGGGUCCUUUCCAGAAUCUGUUAUAAGAAUGUACACGAAACAAUUAUUGUUAGGACUGGAGUACCUACAUAAGAACAAAAUUAUGCACAGAGACAUUAAGGGAGCAAAUAUUCUUGUUGACAAUAAAGGUUGCAUUAAGCUUGCUGACUUUGGAGCAUCCAAGAAAGUUGAAGCAUUGGCCACCAUAACUGGUGCCAAAUCAAUGAAGGGCACACCUUAUUGGAUGGCUCCUGAAGUUAUUGUUCAGAGUGGUCACAGCUACUCAGCAGAUAUAUGGAGUGUAGGAUGCACAGUUAUUGAAAUGGCUACUGGGAAGGCUCCUUGGAGCCAGCAGUAUCAGGAGGUUGCUGCUCUAUUUUAUGUUGGAACUACCAAAUCUCACCCUCCAAUACCUGAGCAUCUUUCGGUUGAGGCAAAAGACUUCCUGUUAAAAUGCUUGCAAAAGGAGCCGGACCUGAGGCCUACUGCAUCAGAGUUGUUAAAGCAUCCGUUUGUGACUGAAGAAUGUCGGAAAUCCCACCUCGUACUCCGCUCUUCAAUUGUGGACGGUUCUGGAAAGCGGAUGGUAGCACAUGGGCUGGAUAUGAAAAAAUCAAUGAACCUAGAUGCAAGAAGCUCAUGCAAGGGACUUAAAGAUUUUAGUGAGUUGGGUGGUCCCAGUUGUUCCACCAUUCAUUCCGAGCAGCUUUCAGGACGAGAAUCUCUCUGGCAGCCCUCUAAUUUUGAUGACGAUGAUGAUAUGUGUAGAAUUGAUGACAAUGAUCUUGUGCUUUGUGCAUCCACAAAAUUCAAGCAUACUCUUCUUUCUACUGAAUGUAAUCAGAGUUUUAAUCCUAUGAGCGAGCCUAAUGAUGACUGGCCAUGCAAGUUUGAUGAAAGUCCUGAAUUGACUAAAAGUGGAAUCGCACUUCUCUCGAGUCAGAUAGAUGAACCUGUAAAUGGAUCUAUAGCACCCGCUGAUGUGGAUUGCGGCUUUACAUUUCCAAGAGACCAGUUGCUUCAUGAAGACGAUGAUGAAGUGACAGAAUCAAAGAUAAGGGCUUUCCUGGAUGAAAAGGCUGUGGAACUGAAGAAGCUCCAAACCCCUCUUUACGAGUUCUACAAUUCCUUGAAUGUCUCUCGUAGUGUAAGUUCUGUGGGUAUUGGCAACAAGGAAAACAUUUCGAGUAACUGCAACUUACCUCCUAAAAGUAGAUCCCCAAACAAGAUGGGCAAUAGAAGAUUUUCCACUGCUGUUGUUGAUGUUGAGUACACGUCGAGUCCUGUAAGACGUGUAUCAAAUAUUGGUGAUAUGAAUUUCCGAGCUUCUGAGGACACUAAAGAGAUGCCUCUUGAUUAUCAACAAGAGCCACUUACUCCAAGCAGUAAGUUCUCCGAGAUACAGAGGAAAUGGAAAGAAGAACUUGAUGAAGAACUUGAAAGGACUAGAGAGCUCAUGCGCCAAGCAGGCUUGCGUCUCCAGGGCGAUAGACGCACCAUGAGUUUUGAGUUUAGGACUCCACUAUCAAAGGGAUGUGUCUCUGAGUAUACCGGUUUUUUCAAGUGCCGCAGUUACGCACCUUCGUCGUCCACUUCGUCCUUGAGUAGGACAUUGUCGCGCAGGACGACGGUCGUUGCCCACGUCGUCCUCAAUCGAGGAGCUCCGGCUCGAGCGCAAGGGUUGAUUGGAAAAUCUGAGGGGAUUCAAAGGCGAGAUCUUUACGGCCUAGAUCGAACUGCGACAGAUGUCGGAGCUCAGAUCAACCGAGCUAUGGAGAAGCACAUGGCGGAGAACAAGGCCAUGGCCGUGGUUUUGGGUCUUAAUUUGGGUCCUAAAUUCAAUUUGAUCAUAUACUGA